UUGAGUUAUUGCAGAGCCUGCAGGCAACUGAAUUCAUUCUGUCAACACAGAGUCCAGCCCUUGUGGACUGAGGCUUCAGAGGCAGGAGAGGGAAGGCACCAACUUGACUGUUUUUUUUGUCAGGAACCUUUGCCAUGGAUGAUGGAGCAGAUCCUCUGAUGACAGUGCAUCUUCUGGCCAAUUCAGGACACUCCCUGCUUCUGCGGCAAACUCUAGAUCGGCUUUUGGGGUGGAUCUGCCCAGACAUUCGCUUCUUCCUGGUGUCUGAGCGAGUUACUCCACUCAGGUACUAUGAGAGAUACCAUAAGAGAAGCUGUGGCUUUCCAGGAUUAUCUGUUCUCCUUUUCCUACACGAGGACUUGGGAGAAGAACGGAUUUUCCAGGUCCAUGAGCAAUUCCAGCACCCGCCCUGGCGCUACCAGUGUGCCCAGAUUGCUAAUGGGCAAAACCACUGCUAUGCCUCAGCUCAGCAGGACUUCUACAGCCUGGACGAGCAGAUGCCUGUGUGGGGCAUCAGACGAGUGCACUGUGGCCCCGAGAUCCUCCGUGUCACCCUCUACUGCAGUUUUGAUAACUAUGAAGAUGCAGUGAGGCUCUAUGAGAUGAUCCUGCAGAAGGAAGCAGUGAUGCAGAAAAGCACCUUCUGUGUCUUUGUGCUGUAUGCAACCCAAAGCCUUGCUGUGCAGCUCUGCUUGAAGCAGCUGCCCAUUGGGGUGGCUGCUGAGCCACGGGAGUCAUCAGCCUUGCAGUUCAGGGUGCAAGAAAUGGGGCAGCUGGUGCCUCUCCUGCCCAACCCGUGUGUUCCCAUCAGUAGGACCAGGUGGCAAACACAAGAUUACGAAGGAAAUACAAUUCUGCUGCAGGUUCAAGAUAUCCCCAAGCCCCAUGAAGAAAACAUUAGGCUUUCCUGUCAGCAGAAUGGAAAACUCCUGCAGGACUCUGUCCCAGCCCCUCUUCCUGGAAAGCAGAGCAAUUCUGGUCGGAGAAUCCAGAAGGUCAGAGACAUGAAGGGUAGAAUCAAACCUGACCAAAGUGACACCCUUACUAUUGAGCAAGCUGUUGGUGACCUCCACAGGCCCUUCUGCUCUUCUCAUAGUUGUCCAGCAGCCUGGUCAUGGUGGGAUUGGGAUACUCCUCCCCUCUGCAGACAGGCCCGCAGCAAGCUGCAGGCUUCUCUCCAGGAGAGCCACCCUGGUCAGCAGGCAGCAGAGACCAAUGUCGACACUGGGCUGGCUGUGGUGAGUGCUGUGAGUGGCCACUGUCCACUGAACCGCUUCCCCAGGGACCUCUGGAGCAGCCUCCUCCAGCCACCAGCACCCACAGACAGGGGCACCAGCGCCGUGGCCUCCAGGGGCAGGACCCGGCUGCUGUUGGCUGCAACCAGGACUCAAGGAGCACAGAGAGCUUCGAACUUGCAAACACCACGGACGAGCUCCACAAACAGAGCAGAGGAUGAUGAUGAGGAAUUCUUUAUAUGACUGAAACCAAACAUGCCUGAAGGACUCAUCA